UCCGAUAAGGAAACUGUUGUGUGCUUCUUCAACUGUCCUUCACAGAAAACAAAUCGAAAAUAUGGCUGGGGCGGCUCGUAGGCUGCCCACAUUGACUGGAGUGAAACCCAUUGAAGAUGCCCAUGAUAAACUCAAACAAGCAUACACGAGAACACUGAGAAUCUUGGCAAAGAUGCCGGCCGGUGCUGGUUAUAGAGUUAACACAGAGGCGAUCGUUAAAAACAGAAUGGCAAUUGUAUCAUCGACUCCUGACCUUGGUGCACUAGAAAAGAAAAUCAAUUGUGGCUGCAUCGAGGAAGUUUUACGACAAGCAGAACGGGAGCUGUUCUUGGCCAGAAACAUGAUCAACUACAAGCCCUGGGAGCCACUGGUAGCGGAAGCCCCCAAGCAUCAGUUCACCUGGCCUCCAGUAUAGGAGAAAGACUUAGUGAUAUUUAACAGAUAUUUGAAUGAGCGUUUUAAUCAUAGGUUAAAAUACUUUGGAAUAGCCUGUUAUAAUUUUUAGUACAAAGUGUUUUGGUUUCAAUAUUUAACAAAAAAAAGAAAGGAAACAUUUCCAAGAUAUUUAAAGAAUUUAUGCUAAUUUAUUUGACAUUUUUUCUUUAAAGCUUUAAAGUGUUAGGACUGUAACUUUUUUGUGUACUGGCUUCUAUAUUGUAAACUUUAUUUCUCAUUUAAUGUAGAGUUAUCAUUAUUGAUGAAAUAAAGUGUUUUAAAAAGCGUU